GCAGGGUUCCUGGAAGUGGAGAUGGCAGGAAGCACUCAGGUUGUGACACUGAAUGCCAAUGCCACCAUCUUCUGCAAGAUUCGUGGCUACUCACAUCUAGACAUCAAAAUUAUGGGUAUCUCCUGGUAUUUUUUAAAGCAUAAUUCUUCAAAGGAGGUCCAGCUUUUUCAGUUUUAUAGCAAUCUUGAGAAAAACCGACGUGAAGCAACCGUGUCUCUACGAGACCUGGCGAGGGGGAACGCCUCACUGCAGUUGCCAUGGGUACAGCUGGAGGAUGCAGGAAGGUACCGGUGUGAAGUGGUGGUCACUCCUGAGAAGGCACAGGGAUCAGUCAGCCUAGAGGUUGUGGCUUAUCCAGUCAGCAGCUUGCUGCCAGAGAGAGCUGUUGUGAAAAUUAAUGAAGAAGUAACUCUUGAGUGUGAGUCACAUAGGUUCUACCCAGAAUCCAUUAAUAUAACGUGGGUGAAGAUGACUCAGACGGACCCUCAUGCCGUGGAGAUUUCUGAGGAUGUCAUCUCAAGUCACACUGUCAAGAACAAAGAUGGCACACUUAAUACCACUAACUACCUGAAGUUCAAGCCCUCAUUAGAUGAUAAUGGGAAUAUCUAUCAGUGUGUAAUACGGCACAAGCUCCUUUUAACUCCCGUGAGGUUCAACUUUACCCUCACUGUGAUCAAACCUGAGAAAGGUAACAUGAUGAUAGUGGUUGUGAGCGUUACUAUACUUGCUGUUAUUUUACUUGGAGUUUUGGCCAUAAAGACCAUCAGCAGAUCCCUGGGAAUGGAGGCAGGGCAUGGCGUGGGUUAUAAGUCCAGUGAAUGCCACAAGCUUGAGAUGUCCAGAGGGCUGGGCCACUUUUGA